GUACUGAACUCGAUGCACAAGUAUCAGCCGAGGAUACACUUGGUCCGCUGUCGACACACCGACGACAGCGGCUCGCAAAUCACCGACCUCCAGAAGGAGGAGCACAAGACGUUUAUCUUUCCGGAGGCCAUUUUCACCGCCGUCACGGCGUAUCAGAAUCAGCUGAUAACGAGAUUGAAGAUCGAUAGUAAUCCGUUCGCCAAGGGUUUUAGAGACUCGUCAAGACUCACCGACUUCGACCGGUAA